GAGGAGAAGGAGGAGGAGGAGGAGGAGGAGGAGGAAGAGGAGGCGGCCUCGGCGGGUCGAGGAGCGGCUCCAUGGCGACCGCGGCGGCGGAGCCGGUGUACGGGCUCUCGGAGGACGAGGAGGAGUCUCGCAUCCUCAGAGUGAAGGUGGUCUCGGGCAUCGACCUGGCCAAAAAAGACAUCUUUGGAGCCAGCGACCCCUACGUGAAGCUCUCCCUGUACGUGGCGGACGAGAACCGAGAACUCGCUCUCGUGCAGACGAAGACCAUCAAAAAGACGCUGAACCCCAAAUGGAACGAAGAAUUUUAUUUUAGAGUGAACCCGACCAACCAUCGGCUCCUGUUCGAGGUGUUCGAUGAGAACAGGCUGACCAGAGACGACUUCCUGGGCCAGGUGGAUGUGCCGCUCAGCCACCUCCCGACCGAAGACCCGACCAUGGAGAGGCCCUACACGUUUAAGGAUUUCCUCCUCAGGCCGAGAAGCCACAAGUCCCGCGUGAAGGGCUUCCUGAGGCUGAAGAUGGCUUACCUGCCCAAAAACGGGGGCCAGGAGGAGGAGAGCAGCGAGCAGAGGGACGACUCCGAGCACGGCUGGGACGUGGUGGAUUCCGGCGACGCCGCGUCGCAGCGGCAGGAGGAGCUGCCGCCCCCUCCGCUGCCCCCGGGGUGGGAGGAGAAGGUGGACAACCUGGGCCGCACCUACUACGUCAACCACAACAACAGGACCACCCAGUGGCACCGGCCCAGCCUCAUCGACGUGGGCUCGGACUCCGACAACAACAUCAGGCAGAUCAACCAGGAGGCCGCUCACCGGCGCUUCCGCUCGCGGCGGCACAUCAGCGAGGACCUGGAGCCGGAGCCCGCGGAGAGCGGGGACGUUCCCGAGCCUUGGGAGACCAUCUCCGAGGAGGCGAGCGCCGGCGGAGAUCCCUUGAGCUUGGCGCUGCCCCCCCCUCCCGCCUCCCCCGUGUCCCGGACCAGCCCUCAGGAGCUGUCGGAGGAGCUGAGCAGGAGACUCCAGGUCGCUCCCGAGUCCAACGGGGAGCAACUCGGCUCUUUGAUGCAAAGGGAACCUUCUUCGCGGCUGAGGUCGUGCAGCGUCACGGACGCGGUGGCCGAGCAGUCUCAGUUGUCCCUGCAGGGUGGUCCCUCUAGGAGAGCUCGUUCUUCAACUGUCACAGGUGGAGAGGAGCCAACGCCCUCCGUGGCCUACGUGCACACCACCCCCGGGCUGCCCUCGGGCUGGGAGGAGCGGAAGGACGCCAAGGGCAGGACCUACUACGUGAACCACAACAACCGCACCACGACGUGGACGCGGCCCAUCGUGCAGCUCGCCGAGGACGGGAUGGUGGCCCCGGGCACCAGCGGCAGCGGCAGCGGCAACCACCUGAGCGAGCCGCAGAUCCGGCGGCCCCGCAGCCUCAGCUCCCCCACCGUCACCCUGUCGGCCCCGCUGGAGGGCGUGAAGGACUCGCCGGUGCGCCGGGCGGUGAAGGACACCCUCUCCAACCCCCAGAGCCCGCAGCCGUCCCCCUACAACUCGCCCAAGCCCCAGCACAAGGGGGCCCAGAGCUUCCUGCCCCCGGGCUGGGAGAUGCGCAUCGCCCCGAACGGCCGCCCCUUCUUCAUCGACCACAACACCAAGACCACCACCUGGGAGGACCCGCGGCUGAAGUUUCCGGUGCAUCUGAGAUCCAAAGCGUCCCUGAACCCCAAUGACCUGGGCCCUCUUCCUCCCGGCUGGGAGGAAAGAAUCCACCUGGACGGCCGGACCUUCUACAUCGACCACAGAGGCCAGGUGUUGAUAUGUGGAGACAUUGACCCCAGAGACUUAGUGCCCUCCUACGGUACUGUACCCUCACUGGCAGCUUGCUUUGGUUGGCUCAUCAAGCUUUGUCCCCCCCCCCCGACUUGUGAAGCGUCGACGUUUCCUCUCUGUGGUUCCUCUCGUUCUCCCCCGUUUGCCAACCCUCGUUUCGUGAACUCUGCCCCCCAGGACAGCGAGUACUACAACUCCCUGAAGUGGAUCCUGGAGAACGACCCCACGGAGCUGGACCUCAUGUUCUGCAUAGAUGAGGAGAACUUCGGGCAGACAUAUCAAGUGGACCUGAAGCCCAACGGCUCUGAAAUCAUGGUGACCAACGAGAACAAGAGGGAGUACAUCGACCUGGUCAUCCAGUGGAGGUUUGUCAACAGAGUGCAGAAGCAAAUGAACGCCUUUCUGGAGGGGUUCACGGAGCUGCUCCCCAUCGAUCUGAUCAAAAUUUUCGACGAGAACGAGCUGGAGCUCCUGAUGUGUGGCCUCGGCGACGUCGACGUCAACGACUGGAGGCAACACACCAUCUACAAGAACGGCUACUGCCCCAACCACCCCGUCAUCCAGUGGUUCUGGAAGGCCGUCCUGCUGAUGGACGCCGAGAAGCGCAUCCGGCUCCUGCAGUUUGUCACCGGGACGUCUCGAGUGCCUAUGAACGGAUUUGCCGAACUUUACGGUUCAAACGGUCCUCAGCUGUUUACAAUAGAGCAGUGGGGGAGUCCCGACAAGCUGCCCCGCGCUCACACCUGCUUUAACCGCCUGGACUUGCCUCUCUACGACUCGUUCGAGGACCUGCGGGAGAAGCUCCUCAUGGCCGUGGAGAACGCCCAGGGCUUCGAAGGGGUGGAUUAGCCCGGCGCCCCGGGGCCCCUUCCGAGCACAUUCUGCUGCCCCCCUGGCCCUGCCCUGCCCGGGGGGGGGGAAAAAAAAACCCCCAGGGACUGUUCGGGGAGCGGCACCCGAGCCCCCCGGGUUGGGGACCGCGCCGCCGGAUCGCAUUUCAGCAGGACUUUACUCUAUUUAUGUCGUGCCUCUGCAAGGCAAAGCCCUCAAUAAAUAUUUUACAUCAUUUCUAACGG